CACGGCCGCCUCCCAGCCAGCCAUCCUCCCACUCCGCACGUCCAGCCACCGGAUCCGGCGGUCCCUCCUCCCACCAUUGCCCUGUGGCCACCGGAUCCGACGGGAUCCUCCUGCACCUCCCUCCUCCCAACCCCGUCCAUCCACCUACCCCGGCUGCGACCUCCUGAGCCGGCCACCUCCCUCCUCCCAGGUGCUCAGCGCGGCUGCCGGCGACCGGAUCCGCCUACCCCGCGGCACGGGUGCUCCUUGCGCCGCCCACCACCUACCGUCGCCUGCCCCGCUCCACCCCGUCCGGAUUCGACCCGGAUCCCAUCUAGUUGCAGGUCAGGGGAGGGGGGCACCGGGUGUGGAGGAGAGGAGGCGCCAGAUCCAGGCGCCGCGCGGCCCUCCCGCUGGUGCAGCUCGUCCAUGCUCCGGGAAUGGAUCCGCCCAUCACCAGCUGUGGUGAUCCUCCGGCGAACACAGGGCACUCCGGCACAACAUGCCUCUGCCGGCGUUGAUGAGGACACCCUCGAUCUCCAUGGCCAGCCCCUGAAAUACUUGUUGCAGCUCUUUUCUAGCGGUUUUUGCAGCUCUGUUCUUCUCUAUGUGCAGUGCUCGGGGAGCUAGCUUGUCGCUGCAGGUCGCAUACGCAUGACGAGGUCCACGAGCGGGCGUUGGGGCGGGUCAGAUGCACUUUGUUUUUUUGUUUGAAGAAGAUUUGCAAGUUUUGAGUCUAUUGAGAUUAAGAUGUGCGGUUCGGCAUGUUCAUUCGACGCUCCAGUGCAGCGGGGUUAGCUGUCCAAUGCAGUUCGUUGGCGCGUCCCCAACAUCUCCUAUAGUCUGAAUCUCCUAGGGUCUGAAAAACUGCUCGCGCUAACUUGCUGCUCGGCCACUCUCCGCAGCGGCGAGCCCUGGCAACCAGAUCCAGGGACCCUUCCAGUAGGGUCGCCGGCCAUGCUGCACCGCCGCCAGAGCCCUGGUCCCGCCAGAUGGCGCGGGUGGUGCUGCACAGGGUGCACGGCCCGUCGCCGAUGAGACCAGCGGUUCACCUCUGCAGCUCAUGGGAUCGGGGGCUGAUGCGGUGCGGUUGAUGCGCUGACGAAGUUCAUGGAAUUUUUGGCAUUUUCAGAUUUCGCUUGGGCACAAAAAAAAUGCAGUUUCGCCUGGGUCUUCGGUGCAGUGUGAGCGGUGCAGGCUUGCAGUGCGCGCGGUGCUGGCAUGCAGUGCUCACGGGUCUGGCGUGCAGUGCAGUGCACCUCGGACCCCUCGUGCUUGUCUUGAAGUGGUCGUGCACCCCGACGGCCAAAGCCUGUGCGUGCUCAUCUUGAUGGCUGGCUGGCACUCUCGUGUCACACUCGUGCUGAUGCGGUUCACUUGUACUAUAUGUUAGUUCAUUUUUGCAUAUGCGAGAAAAAAGGAAGCAUCAUGUGCAUGUAGUUCCUUUUGUAUAUAUUUGCAAUGCCUAUCCUAAUUCCAGACUGCCAAAAUAGCGAAUACACUUGGGCUAGGAAAUAUGAGGUCUCAGGUUCCUGGUGGGAUUUCAACAAGAACAGCGUGAGUAGCAUUAGCAGCACUACUGGGACUACGGACAGCAGCGGUAUUGAGGGAGUAGAUUAUGAAGCAGACUGCUUAGAUUAUGACAUUCUCUGGGAAGACCUAGUAAUUGGAGAACAAGUAGGUCAAGGUUGUUGCGGAACAGUGUAUCAUGCUCUGUGGCAUGGUUCGGACAUGGCAGCUAAAGUAUUCUCCAAGCAGGAAUAUUCAGAAGAAAUGAUAAAUACCUUACGACAAGAGGGAGGCCUACACGGGCUUCAUGGGGUCCUUCGAGCAAGGCGUGUACAUGACAAGGCAGACCAUCGUCGCCGACAACAUCGUCCUCAAGGAGCAGCACCUGCUGGUGUCGCCGGCGUUUUGGCACAAAGUCAACCUUGUCGGCGCGGCCGGCGACAAGAUGGUGGGCCUCUACUUUCGAAGCGACAAUUUAUACCUAGCGGCCUUCCAGAACAAGUCUGGGCUCUUCUGCUUUAAGGGCAAGGAGGCGACGCUGCUCGGCACGCCGACGGCGCUCUCCUUCACGGGGGACUACGACCAGCUGUUGACCAGCUACCGAGACCUCGCCAACAUACCGAUCAACAGCAGCCUCCCAUACGACCACACGCGCUACCUGGCGCAGUACCGGGAUCGGUAAGUCGACGACACGACGCUCAAGCCCAGCCUCGCCUUUUACGUCCUCGCCGUCGCGGAGGCCCAGCGCUUCCCCGGCAUUGGGGACGCCGCCACCCAACACAUCGCCUUCAUGCAAUGGCGGAGCUUGAGCAAAAUUUGAAAGGGGCCAUGACUCAAGGGGAACAAAUUAGUAGGCCAGGAGGGGCUAAUCACUUGUUGAAACACUAAUUAGCCCUAAAAGCUAGCAUGCUCUUCAAUGAAUGCCAAAACUAAAGGGGGCCAUGGCACCACCGGUCUACACUAAGCACCACCGGUGCCUUCACGGGAGGCCACGCGCUCACCAUCCCGCGCUCCCUCCCGCGGCUCGCCGUGAACUGGUGGCGGCCCUGUCGUGGUCACGCCACGGCAUGACCGACGAGGCCUGGGAGAAGAACAAAGACGCCGAGGAUCUCAAGGCAGAACUGCUGAGCAUCAUCGGUCCCGGCGGCAAGCCCAAGACCAUCGACACAGCGGCGGAGGGCCUCUCACUCGUCCGCCCUAUCCGGCAGAGCACGCGGUGCUCUCCCGACAACUGAACGUCGACGCGCCGGCCGGCCACGCCAUCUCUCUGGUUGAAUAAAAUAAAAUAGCUUCGUUGUCCAUCGUCAACUCGAUCCAUUGCUGUCUAUCGGUGUGAUGUGUGAGUUGCUCGAAUAAAAUCAAGUUUAAUCUUCAGUCUCUUUUGAUUUCUCAGUUUGGGCUCAGUCUGCCUCUUGUCCUCCUCUGUUCCUGUUGCCGAUCGUUCGAUAUAAAGGGUAAUCGAACGAUGACCACUUCAUCCAUAUAAAGGGUAAUGAACCAGAUAAAGGGUUUUAUCGGUAAACUCCCAAUUGUGGUCUGGUGGCUGUUUUAUCGGUUUCAUUUCAAUGAAAUGAAAUUGGGAGUGAAAGCUCCUCUGUUCGGAAAAAGAUCUUCACUAUUAACGACACGAAAUGUAUCGCAAGGUCGGGAUUGUCCUCUGGGCAAAAAGAACAAAGGGACAGCUCAGGCUCAAACAUCUACUCAGUUCCCUUCGCCAAAAGAACAGAAUUCUGGCAAUGCAACAAUUAUUGACUUCAAAAAUUUCUGUAUAAAAGGUUCAUAAGAAAACCUACCAAAUUCAUAUAAUCCAGCCAUCUCUGCCUUUGGAGCUCUAGAUCAGAGGAGGUACCUAACACUACCAGAGUUAUGCUCGUGUUGCUUAUGUUCAGGUAUUAUUUUUCAUAUAUAAGAAACACCAAAAAGGAAAAACAUUUUUUUGCAUGAUACUCAUUUUUUUAACAUGGGUGCAAUACUCGCUAGCGCCCAUCAAAAUAUAGAAACAUCCAAAAGACAUGUCAUCUGGAAAUCCCACAAGAAUUUUGCAUAAAACUAUUAUAAUUUCUGUAAAUCCCACAAGAAUUUUGCAUAAAACUAUUAUAUAAAUCCCACAAGAAUUUUGCAUAAAACUAUUAUAUAAAUCCCACAAGAAUUUUGCAUAAAACUAUUAUAAUUUCUGUAAAUCCCACAAGAAUUUUGCAUAAAACUAUUAUAUAAUUUCUGCAAGGAAAUGGCAAAGUUGCCCCUGAUUAAAAUUUGAAAAACACUUGAUC